UGCGUUGUUUACAAGCUGAUUGUACUUGCGUGCAUUUGAUUUUAAUGUAGAAUAAUAUUGAAGUUUUCAUAAUAAAAAUGAGUGAUUGCCAUCAACGUUUUAAUCACUAUUGUUACAUUUGUGGCAAAUUCAUUGUUAUGCCGAAUCGAAGAAAAAUAAGUGAUGAAAUUUGUAAAAUAUAUGAACAAUAUUUUAAUAUACCGGUGAUUAGAAAUGAACAGUGGGUGCCAUCGAUUGCUUGUACAUCGUGUACUAAUGGAUUGAAAAGGUGGUCAAAAGGCGAGCGCGAAAGUAUGCCAUUUGGAAUUCCAAUGGUGUGGAUUGAACCUGGAUUCCAUGAUGCUGCUAAUUGCUAUGUGUGUGUGAAUAAUGUUACCGGCCUGAAUAGAUUCAAAGCACGCACUUUCGAAUACAAAAGUGUACCAUCAGCACAAACACCAUUGCCACAUUCUGAACACGUUCCGAUCCCGAAGAAACCAAGUCCGGGAGAACAAUACGUUCCACCAACAUUUGAAUCAGCACCCGAAUCAUCAUAUUCUUUGCAUCAGCCAUCAAAUGUUACACCACCUUGUAAACACAUUGAAUGUACUCAAAAUCGUUUGGAUAUCAUGGCACGUCAAUUGAAAUUAUCACAAGAACGUCAAAUUAUGUUAACACAACAUCUCAAAGCAUUGAAUAUUUUGGCUCCAGGUGUAAAGGUGUAUGGCGCUCGUGGAAGACAACGAGAAUUUAUGAAGUUUUUCGAUCGGAAUGAUGAAAAUACAUUCGCAUAUUGUAAUAAUAUUCGUGGUUUGAUGACAGCAAUGGGCUAUGAAUAUAAUGCAGUAGAAUGGCGGCUUUUCAUUGAUGCAUCGAAAAGCAGUUUGAAAGCGGUUCUUCUGUAUAUUGACAACACAAAGAGCCCGAUUCCGCUUGCAAUCAGCACCAAAACUGAGGAAUCAAAAGAAUCGAUGCAAAAAAUAAUUGAUGCCAUAAAAUACGACGAGCAUCUAUGGAAAGUGUGCGCCGAUCUGAAAGUGGUUGCGUUGUUGCGUGGUUUACCACAUAGAGGAUAUCCCAAGUACAUGUGCUUCCUAUGCCAAUGGGAUACUCGGCACCCAAACCAGUACGAAAAACGGGACUGGCCACCCCGACAUACCUAUCAAAUUGGACGUCAAAACGUGAGAUAUGAGCCACUUAUUCCAAUGGAAAAAGUGCUACUGGCACCGCUGCAUAUCAAAUUGGGCAUUGUCAAGAAUUUCAUCAAAGCCUUGGUAAAGAGAAAUAAUGAACAAGCAUUUCAACGAUUGAUACAAAUUUUUCCUCGAUUGAGCAAAGCGAAAAUUAAAGAGGGUGUGUUAAACGGACCAGAUAUCCGGAAAUUAACGAAGGAUGCUCAAUUCGAACAAUGUCUGAUGGAAGAAGAAGGUGUAGCUUGGGAUAAUUUGAAAGCUUUUAUCGAAGGUGUACUCGGUAUUCACCGUGCACAAAAUUGGCGCACCUUGACCGACAACAUGCUUGAUUCAUUUGACAUUUUAGGCGUCACCAUGUCUCUAAAAAUACACUUUCUACACCAUCAUCAAGAUAAAUUAGAGAUUCAAGCCUCUACUGAAUCUGAUGAACACGGUGAACGGUUUCAUCAGGUGACCGCUCAACUUGAACACUGGUAUAGUGGCAAGAAACUAAAUUCGUUGCUUGCUGACCUCUGCUGGAACUUACAAAUGGAACCAAACGAUGAAGACGAAAACUGAAUUUAAUUUCAUUCAUUUUUGAUAAAACCACAACAUUUGUUUAAAGAAGUUAAAUAAACAUAUGAAAUUGAUUGUAAA